UACAUACAUACAUACAUGUAUAUUUUGCACUUAAGUAGUAUUUCACAAGAGGGUUGUUUUAUUGGAUUAACUGUCUUUCUUUUUUAUCGUCUCUCUUCAGGAGAGACGUGGAACCCCCUGAAGCUUCACUAUCAGCUGCGGAACGUCCGUGAGAGGCUGGCCAAGAACUUGGUGGAGAAAGGCGUCCUCACGACUGAGAAGCAGAACUUCCUGCUGUUCGACAUGACCACACACCCUCUGACCAACAACAACAUCAAGCAGCGCCUCAUCAAGAAGGUCCAGGAGUCCGUUCUGGACAAGUGGGUGAACGACCCGAAUCGAAUGGACAAGCGGCUGCUGGCGCUCAUCUUCUUAGCCCACUCCUCUGAUGUGUUGGAGAAUGCCUUCGCCCCGCUGCUAGACGACCAGUAUGACCUGGCCAUGAAGAGAGUGCGCACGCUGCUGGAGCUGGAGCCCGAGGGGGAGAGCCUGAAGGCCAACGCCAACGAGCUGCUGUGGUCCGUGGUGGCCGCCUUCACCAAAUGAGGCCCCACAGAGAGGACAGCAAGCAGUUGUGGCAUUCAAGUGGCAUUGUACUUUGGGGAAGGAAUCAGAGCCCCCAACAUGGUGACUUGACUGAAUUACAGUUUCCCCCCCCACCUGGGCUUUUGGAAUGGGCUGCCCUCUUUCCUCAUCCCUCUUCUCUUUAUUUUCCUUCCAGAUGACUGUCCAUGUUGAUCCUCCAUGGCCACGUCCCCCCCCCCCCUGUGACGUUCGUUUUCACUUUUGCUAAAAAUAAUAACUAAUGGAACCCUGGAUGAAGUGGUAGGGUCAUGAUAUGGGUGGAGGCUGAAAUCAAGAUUCAUAUCCUUUUAAUUUUCUAUCGGGUGUAUCUUUGGAACUGUUUAUGGAGGUACGGUAUGUAAGGCACAGGCGACUCUAGGUAGCGUCCUGACCCCCCUGAGAAUAAAAUAACUAACGGAGAUGUGCAGGGCGGUGAUGCUUCACAGGAAGAAAAGGUUAGCCUGUCUUUAAACGUAUGGAUACGAUGUGUUCGGUGUCACAGCAUUCAUCAACUUUAAAAUCAAGGACUGGGUAGAAACUAAUGUGAGAUAUGCCCUUAAAUCCAUCCUGGAUGUUAACCUGUUAGUCCUGUGCAGGGGGCUGGAGACUGACACUGGCAGGGGGGGGUUACACCCUGCACAUGUCACCAAUAUAUCAUUGGGCUGACACAGAGACAAGACAGCCAAUCACGCCUGCAGGCAGUUUCAAGUUCAUCUGACCUGCAUGUCUUUGGACUCUGGGGGGGGGGGGUGAUGCAGGCACUUGGUAAAGAUGGCAACAGCACUAACCCCCCCAGCCUGAGAGCGCCCUACAUUCCAUCGCUGCUGGCCACGAGUGUGUGGAAGAUGGGUGGUCUGCCUACACAUGCAUGGAUACACACAGGCCCUGGAAUAUGGAGUGUUGACUUGUGAGACUUAUCACUUACUUACACCUCAGCCCCAUUGAAUUCUAGGAAACCAGUUUAAAAUGAAAAGCCAAAAUAUAUAGAAAUUACUUUAACGGACCCAUUUAGGGUAACACAGUGCCGAGAUAACACAAAUUCUAAAGUUUUGCUCACAUGUCUAAUUGACAGGGCUGAUAGAAGUGCUACGUAUGAUAAUGAAAGGCAAAUAGAAAAUGAUGUUAAUCUUUCUGUCAUAAAAAGAUCAUACUGUUUUAAAUAUC